AUGCUCUCUAUAAAGGCCACUUAAUGCUUCCCUGCAAGUAUAGGUUGAUUUGGGAAGUGCAGGUUCUGAGCUGACAUUGUUUCUUACUCACUUAUCUUUCAGGUGGAGUCACUAAAGUUCCCAGAGAUACGUGGCUUUCAAGAUGAAGUACUACUCUUCAGUCGUUGCUUUGCUUCUAGCGCUGGCUGUUAUCAUGGACCUCAGCUCCGGGCUUUCGCCAAGUAAGGACUUUCGCACUCCAUCUGAUUCUAUUGCUGACCGCUCCGGGGACUCGUCUGAUCCACCACUCAUGUCUUAUACCACACUCUAUUAUAACUUUUCCUGGACCUGUGCUCCCGACUCUCAACAAGUAAUCAAACUGGAUUUAAUGUCAUUGGCCGAUGGCCAACAGCAAGCGGUCGUCCUUACCACAAGUGCACUUAAUCCUGGAGAACCCAGAGCGAACCACCGUAUGGCACAUACUGCAUCGGCUCGGCUUUUUACUGAACGUAUUGCACCGUGAUGUCCUUGUCUACUACGCUAUGUUUAUUCUUGUCUAUUGGAAUAAAUGUGCACUUUGCUUCAGA